GCAGAGUCAUGAAGUCAUCGCAGCUGCGCCUGCAGCCAGGCGGGAACGGGAACGGGAACUGGCUGGCCGCGGUCCCAUCCCCCGCCAGCCGGAAAUGUCCGCGCACUGAAAAGCAGACGCUGCCUGCCCGGGGAACGGCGAGAGAGAGCGAGAAAAAAAAAGCCUGAAGGCGGCGCGGCAGCCGGCGAGUGGGGAGAAACAGAUUCACACCCAGGGGCCUCCGGGCAGGGCCCACGGGACUCAGGCCGUGUCCCGCUUGGAAUGUGGAGCAGGCGCGGCCUCGGCGUCAGCAGAGCUCCCCUGCAUCUCCUCCUGGGGGUGUGGGGGCCGAGUGGGAGAACUGGCGGACAGAGGAAAGGGGCCUCGCUCGCAAGGCCCGGGCGGGGAGACCUGGCCUCCUGCUCAGUCUGUGGAAAUGGAAAAAGAGACGUUCUGUUUCUCCGGAAAACCCUGACUAAUACAGUAGAGGAUAUCCAGAUUGACAACUUCAGGAGAAAGUCUGAUUUAGGAGUCGGAAGCCCAGAUUGGAAAAACCUCUUGAUAGAUGUCACUCGGGAAGACCAUGAAAACAGCCAAAAUAAUUCAAAGAGAAGAUGCAAAGUGAACUGUGAAAGAGGCCAAAGAUGAAUCUCUUUGGUAAAUCUGUACCUAAAUCCUCUGCCAUGGAAUAGCUGCCUAAACUUGGGCAAAUAACUUGACAUUUCUCAGUUUCCACAUUCCAAAAAUGGAUUUUUAUGAGAAUUAAAUGUUAUGAUGCAUUCCAGCUA